AAUGCAGGCUAGUUGAUAACUAACCACAGAGCGAGUAUGUUGUGCCGUUGAGCUAAAACCGCACUCCAUUGAAGCCGCGCUCGAUUCGGAGAUUCCAAUUUCAUUUAAAAAAGUAUACCAUCGAUUCUGUUUCGAUAUAAUAACUUUUUGAAUAGUGGACAGUGUUCGUAAAUUGUGUAUUUGUGUUUUCGGACGAUUUAUUUGACGAGUAUAUAGAUACUUAUGUGUGAUUUUCUCGAUUGAAGCUGAGAAGUGAAUGUGAAAAGUUGAAAUCGCCCGGAAGGACGGGUCGGCUCUCCCUUCAUAUUUCCGCAACAGAUCUAUCAUGACUGUGAAGAAAGGAAGUCGAAGUGGAGGCUUAGCAUCUAUAAUUGCAAGACAGAAGCUUCAUAGUUCUAACCAGUUAGAUGCAGGAAGCUUUAGCAAAUCUAUGGUAUACAACUACAACAUCAUCGUUGGAUUCAAUGAGAAAGACCAACUACAAUUAAUAACAAAAGACGACAACAGUGACGACGAUACACAAAAGCAUAUCAAAGAUACAAAGACUGGAAAGCACGAAAAUAUUUCAAUAGACGAUAUAGUCGACUGUACUAAUAUUGAUAACUAUCCAAAUUGUGACAACACUUUAGUCUUCUAUAUAAACAAAGGGCCUAACAAAGAAGCGAUCGCGCUCAGGUUUAAAAACGAACAGGAUUUCAAGAGAAUAUAUUUCACUUAUAAAUAUUUCAAAAUGCGAAAUAGACUUACAAGAAAUACGACUAAUUAUCCCCACAACGAUACAUUAUUUUCGAAAAAGAAAAUCACUGACUCGUACAGAAUAAAUAGUGUGGAUGACUACAACCAAUUCGAUAAAACGCGGUCAGAUUUUGAUUUAAUGCAAACUACUGAUAACGAUGGUAUGACCCACAUAUCUGUACAUCAAAAAGGAUCACGUUUUGAUCAACCAUUGAGUCUAAUAGGGUUUAGAAAUGAAAGGGAGUCUGGUGAAAUUGAUAGUGUGAUUUACACGGAUAUAGAAAUACCGAAUAAACCAGAAAAACGGCGUUUAUUUCAUAAAAAGACCAAAGCUCCACCACCACCCCUGUUGCCAAUAAAUAAAGAAACUCCCAAAGUUCUUAAAGGAGAGUUUGUGAGGGUGAACGUUGAAAGAUCGCCAGAUGUAGUACCGAAGGAGAAUAAACAAAAUAAAAUACCCGAUAUCCUCAUGCUUAAAGACAGCAAAUCUAAAAAACCAAGCCCAAACAGCAACUUAUGGACUGUGAGCAAUAAAGUUAACAGCGGCUACGAAUCGGACAGAGAAGAAUGGGGUAGCAGUCGAUCGCAAUUCUCCACAAGAGCAUUUGAGAGUCUCGCGCGCCCUACGAAAAUAGCGAUGGCCCUCACCCUCAAAAAGCCUCAAAGGCUUGAACCAGCGCCUCAGUACUUCCGUCUGCCAAACGAAACGAAGCCUAAACUAACGCCGCUGCCCUUCAGACCCAACAACUUCCUCCAAAGACCACCAAGAUUACCUCGUCCCAACACAGACGUCAAAAGAAAUCUCAGCACAGACCACAGAAAGUAUGCAUCGCUACAAAAUCUAGAAAUUCCGAUGAAACUUAGCGAACCGAAGAAACAGAGCGACAAGAAAGCAAAUUAUACAAAUAUCUCCAAUAGAAUAACGGGUUUGACGAAUAAAUUAAGAGAUCUAAGUAAUGGCAACACUAUUGGUAGGUUCAAAGCACAAUCACACGGAGACGUAGCGAAUUUAAAACCAGUAUUGAAGGUGAACGUUCACGACGGGUCGAAGAGGUCCGUUGUGAGGACGUGCAGUGCCGAACCACCAAAGAAAGUUACGUUUAGUGCAUUCGCCACUGUACAAGUGGUUUAGAUUAACAUUCAUCUUGCACCUUCACUUCUUACUACUACAAGUAGUAAGGAGUAGACGGCGCAAGUGUAGUCAACCCAGAAUUAUUUAUAUAUUUACCUUAAUAUUUUUAAAACAUUAACGUACUAUAAAUAGUAUUAGCUACAUAAUUUUUUUUUGCAAAAUGUAUUGUAACCGCAGUUUUGUUAAUAGAUAUAUUUUUUUUUUUUUGUGUUUGUUAUGUCUUCUAUAUAUUUAUGGGUAUGUAUUUAGAUGGAAGGAAUGUUAUUGUUUAUGUGGCUAGUAGGUCGUUACCUAAGGCUUAGACUGUGUUUAUCGCUCCUCUCAUCCCUCAAGGAAGGAAGAAUAGCGGACUGUAUAAGGCCGAGAGUUAUAAAAUAUACAUUUAUACAGUUAUUAUCAAAUAAGAAGAAGAGAGUUGCCUCACUGAACUAUUUUACAAUGACCAGUAAUAAUUAUGCUCAAUCGAAUGUAUUUUAUAAAGGCACACACAACAUAAUAUGGCCGAUAAAGUUGCAUUAUUUAUUGUCAAUAAAAGAGAGUAAGGUUGCCUAAAGUCAUACCUACUUCCAAAGGAAAUAAUGUCUACUGUCAUAUUGCCGGUAUACGACAUAAGCAGUAAUACGACUUAUGACAACUUUACCCUAUAUUAAGCCAAUAAUAUUUUCAAUAUUAUUGUUCAAUACGUAUUAUAUUAUUAUGUAUAGGGCGGUCGGUGCACGAAUGACUUUAGGCUACCAUAUUACCGGAGUACGACUUGAGCUGUGGUACAACUUUAGGCAACCUUAUCCUAAUAAUCUCAAUAUUACAAUGUUCCCUAAACGUAAUAAUACUGUCAUAUUGUCAGGAUAAGACAACCCUUUUACAGGGUUCGACUUUGGGCACAGAAAAUAUAAAUGUACUGUGUGCGUACAACCUUAUUUCAGGCACUGACUAUCCAAUAUUCAAUUCAUGAGUUUGCAGCGCUAACGACAGGGCAUCCGAUAAAACUGAUCGUGUGUUGGUCGCAUCGCAAGAAUGGCAAACUAUUUUGACGUUAAAUAAAUAUUUAUGGAGUUUACUCCUUAAGAAUCGAUUUUCAUAUAUAGCCCCGGUAUGAUAAAAAUAUGGGCAGUACAAUUCGAUGAACGAAUGACAGCGUUACGUUUUUUGUGCGCAACCUAUUCUGCGCACCUUUCACCGUGCGCUGCCGCCAACAGCGUGCACAUGCGUGAGGGCGCGCACGCCGUGGCCUGCUGCCCCGCGGUUGCGCACCUUUCACUUUUUAGGCGUUUGUAUUGAGACGUACAUAGUGUAUGCUGCGGGGCAACAUACACCUAUUACGACAGUCGAUCUGAAAGAGUAAACUCCAUAUGCGUCGGGGCUGACACACACUUUUUUACCUAACAUUACCUAUUUAAUAACAGGUAAUAUUUGGUAAACCCUGCAAAGUAUCAUUAUUAUUUUUACAAGAAAAAUAGUAGGAAAAUGGGCCGGGAUUGUGUUAUAAUAAUGUAGCAUUUUAAGUAUUUUAAAGAAAAUUCUAUAUAAUUGUAUUAGAAAAGUGUGAUUAAAUAUAUGUAUAUCUACAUUGGUAUCUGGUAUCUUCUUUGUAUAUACGAGUCUAGUAAUAAGCAGAUUAAAUUAUUGCAAUUCAUUAUUCUUCUUCGGAAAAUAUAUGCACCAUAUUUUGUAACAAAUAGUGUAGAAUUAGAAAUGACGGUCACCUAUCUGUUGUGUGAUAAGUGGAUGAAAAAUGUUUUAAAUAGAACACUUGAAAAAUAUAUUGUAAAAAGGUUGCUUAAAAUUAAGGGCCACACUAUUAUUUACUUACUAUUAUGGUUUGGCCAAGAGUUUUUGUGCAACCAAGUCGCAAUAUCUUAUAUUUAUGCGAGUAUAAACUUUAUUUGUCGCCGAUAGCUUUCUUACGAUUGGAUGGUUGCGUAACUGUCAAAGUGAACUUGCUGUUUGAAGCUUGUCUAUUUAUAUGCGGUUAAAGUUUCUGUUUGACGCAGAUAGUUUAUUGGUUGCUUGCAUAACUGUCAAAGUUCGCUAGUGUAUUAUAACAUAUGUUUAAAUUUGCUGGUCAUCCAACAAAAAGAUGGGUGAAGUUCGUUUCUAAUUCGGAUCUUAGACAUAACUAACUAUUUCAGUGUGCCUCUUAAAUCUUAAUUAUCCUAUUAGAAUAGGGUAGUUGACUGAUAUCAAAUUGAAUAUAAAUAAUAUUAAAUUCGCAUAGUACAUGGAAUAAGGGUCUGAAUCUAUAUUAAUUCAUAAAAGUUUCUUAAUUCUUAAAACUUAAUCUAAUAAUCAUGUAUUUUUCAAAUUUUCUAAACGUCACGUUACUUUAUUUACUAAACGUCAAACUAAUAAUUGGUAAUAUUUUUGUCAAACGCUCCGUUUUAAGGGUUUUGUCAUAGUGACGUCAUGAAAUAGUUGAAAUAUAGACCGUCAUGGCCGAUAGGCGUUUUGGCUUGUAUUGUCAAAAACAUAAAUUAAAAACUAAAAUUUUCAAGUAAUCACGUUUCAAAAAUAUUUUCUAUUUAAGACCAUUUAAAAUAAGUGUCAACUAGACUAUUAAUAAAAUUGUCAUUAAAAUUUUACAUAUUUGAUAACCAUAAUAAGUUAAAAUUAGCUAAUGGAAAAUUUGUUUAAAAAUAUUUCGUAAUAGAUAAUAGCUACCUACGAGUACAUAUUUUAGAUUGCUAUUAUUUUAGAUUGUAUAUCUACAGAUAAGAUUUGAAGGCAUUUCUUUCAGGUAUUAGUAGAUAAUAAAUUUGUAAUUAAUUAAUAAUUGAUGUGAGAUUGGAAAUUACCGUCGGCGUCAGAAACACCUGGUCCUCAUUCGCGCGAGAGUUUUUUAACGGACGGUAAAAAAGCGUCCAUAUACAACAAAUGCAUUCCCAAGCAGUGGCGUAGCGUGCCUUGGAAGGGGCCUGCAUCAAAAUUGAUUAUGGGGCCCAAUUGAAGGGUAAAUAUUUCUGACAAAAUAAAGAAAAAUUCUCACAUGAAAUAAAUAUUACAGUGAUUUAAGCUAUUUAGUAUUGUAUAUCCAACACUUGGGCGCACGCUUAGCAAGGGAAAAAAAGAGAUUGUGAUUACCUACAUUUUACUAAUAUUUGCUUUCACUUGUAAGGGGCCUUGUAGUCCGGGGGCCCUGUAUCAUUACGAUACGGCUGAUACGGCGGUAGCUAAGCCCCUGUUCCUAAGUAUAUGUUCACACGACAGCGUUUUUAAAACACACCGCGUUUUUUUCGAGCAGUGUUGCAUUUUAAAUUUUGGGCGUUGGAAGUAGACCUUAAUUUAACUUCAUAAUAUAUUUGAACGCUUUUUUAACGUCCAUCAAAAAAAACUCUUGUGCGAAUGACGGUUACGCUUUAUCGUACACAUAUAUUAUCACAUAAUAGUUUUACAGAUAGCAAAAUCCCGCGAUUAAGUCUGCGUGGAAAUACCUAACCUGACGUUCCGACUGGUAAGGUAUUUGUUUUCUCAAACAAUAAGCCUGCAAUGACCAGACCUGCGAGUGUGUCAGUAUUUGCUCCUACUAAAGAUAAGAAAGGCUAUAUAGGCUCCAUAGUUGCCUUACCUUUUUGACUGCAAGACAAGAUUUUAUUUUGGAGUUUACUCCUUAAGAAUUGAUUUUCCAUAGAUAUAUAGCCCUCGGUAUGAAAAAAUAUGGGCAGUAAAAUUCGAUGAACGAAUAACGUUACGUUUUUGUGCGCAACCUAUUCUGCGCACCUUUCACCGUGCGCAUCAUACAAAAUAGAAAAGUUAUUAUGCUUUGUUGUAUUAGAAAAACAAAAUAAAAUAAACGGCGUCGUAUUAUGGUUUACCAAGUACAUAUAAAGCGCACACUUCUUCAGUGUUUAUGAAUGCCCCAAUUGCUGUAAUUUGAACUGCCACCGAUCUUUUACAGAUUGCUGUCGGUCAGUUUCAGGUGAAUUUAAAUAGAACAAUAAAUAUUUAUUUUAUUAUACAGAAAAUAAAAAAUAUAUUUAAUAUCACACUAGGUAUGCCUACCAUAUACAAAAGGAAAUUAAAAAUUAAGAAUUAUUCAAAGGAAGUAACCGCAAAUUAAUUCUUUGCUCAUCCAAAACACGGAGCAAUUAUUAUUGCUUGACAAUGCAGCAAUUGUUGCAGGAAAUAUUGUUUCAUAUGACUCCGUAAAUCUAUUCCGAACGUCGUCGGCACUUAUUUUCAAUUUUCUCUCAAUCUCUUUCAUGGCGACGUUCUCGUAUUGCUAGCAACAACUAAGUUGCUACCACAGAUAUAAGAAGUAACUAGAUUUAUAAAGUGUCAAUUCGUUGUAUUGAAACCAGCGUACCCAAGGGCGUGGCCUAAAUGGCUGUUUAAUAUUUAGUGAAAAAUGAAAUAUGUCACCCUUACUUUAGAGUUGAAUAUUAUUUAGUCCUUCUGUCACAGAACAAAACAAGACUGCUAGUACAUGUGUGGAAACGCUUGCGUUGUUCCGCACACCCGGGUGUACGCGGGCCACGCCCCCUUGCUACUUCUAUUGCUAAAAGCGUUAGCUUUUAGCGUUGUCUGUUCUGUGGUUGCUACUAUGGAGUAUUGCUCUAUGGCGCUACAUGAAUGAACUUUGGUAUUUCUGAAUAUUGCAGUAACUUUUUCAUGUAUUUUGGAGCAAUUUUAAUAAGUGCACCUUAACAAAAACAUAACUGUUACCGUCAGAGGUGCUUGAUGAAUGCAUAAGUCUUAAAACUUUUAAAGUUUCAGCUUGCUUAGGCAUUCAAAAAAUUAUUAAUCGAUUGAUGUACGUUUUAUAUUUUAAUUACUUAUAAGCUUAUCCCUGAGACUUGUUAUUUUGUAAAAAUAAAUUCAUACAAAUCUACUUACUUAAAUUAGAUCCUGUAGUAUUAAGUGUACCUGUAAUACGUAAUUAUAAUUUUGUUGAUGUUUUCAAAAUGCUUGUUUUUAAAAUAAAUAAAAUUGUUUGACUUGAUAUAA